AUGGCUCUGUCGCGGGGGCUGCGGUGCUGUCAGCGGGCGUUCGCCUGGCUGCCCGUCCUCAUCAUCGCCCUCGUCGUCCUCUGGUCCUACUACGCCUACGUCUGCGAGCUGUGCCUGGUGACUCUGAGCAACCCUGUGGAAAAAGUGGCCUAUCUUGUAAUAUUCCAUAUUCUCUUUGUGCUCUUUGUGUGGACAUAUUGGAAGUCUAUUUUUACUCUCCCGGUACAACCAGGCAAAAAGUACCAUAUGUCCUAUGCUGACAAAGAACGCUAUGAAAAUGAAGAAAGGCCGGAGGUGCAGAGGCAAAUUCUCGCCGAAAUUGCAAGGAAGUUGCCGGUGUACACAAGAACGGGGAAUGGAGGCAUUCGAUUCUGUGACAGAUGCCAGCUAAUAAAACCUGAUCGGUGUCACCAUUGUUCCGUUUGUGCUGUCUGCGUGCUAAAAAUGGAUCAUCACUGUCCAUGGGUGAAUAACUGCAUUGGAUUUUCUAACUACAAAUUCUUUCUACUCUUCUUAGCCUAUUCUUUGGUGUAUUGCUUGUACAUUGCCGCAACAGUCUUCAAGUAUUUCAUUAAGUAUUGGACAGGUGAACUGACUAAUGGACGUUCCAAAUUUCAUGUCCUUUUCCUCCUCUUUGUGGCCGUCAUGUUCUUCGUAAGCCUUAUGUUUCUGUUUGGCUACCACUGUUGGCUCGUCAGUAGAAACAGAUCUACUUUAGAGGCUUUCUCAGCUCCAGUGUUUCAAAAUGGCCCAGAUAAAAAUGGAUUCAAUCUUGGCUUUGUAAGGAAUCUUCAGCAAGUGUUUGGAGAAGAAAAAAAGCUGUGGUUACUACCUGUUGCCUCUAGCCAAGGCGACGGACAUUUUUUCCCAAUGAGAGCUUUGUGUGAAGCUCAGAAUCCUCUCCUAGCAAAUGAGGAGCAGUGGGAAGAUGAUGGAAUAGAUGAAGAGCCUCAUGAUUCUGGUGAAGCUUCGUCCCUUGCCAUAGAAAAGGAGACAUAGCAGUUUGAAAAUGCAGCAGUAUAAAGCUUGUUCAGAAAGCUUCCCUCUCAGGAGUCAAC